UCUACGAAGCUUCAUUCUUCAUCCCUCCCUCUAAAUCACGUAUAAAAUCCCAUCACUUUCCCUCCACAACCAACUCUUCAAACACAUCAACAAACAACAAUUAAUGGCACCACCUCACAGGAGAAGUGCCCUCAAAUACUUGGUCAAAAAGCUGUCCAGAAGAGUAGACGCGUGCGAGGAAACGGUUCCACACGAUGUCAAGGAAGGCCAGUUUGCUGUCGUUGCUAACAAGGGCAAGGAGAAGCCUACACGGUUCGUUCUCGAGCUGUCUGUUCUCAAACACCCGCCGUUCCUGAGGCUGCUUCAGCUGGCUGAAGAUGAGUUCGGGUUUCAGCACGAUGGCGCCCUCAACUUGCCUUGCCAGCCCGAGGAGCUGCACAGGAUUCUGCAAGACAGGCUCUGCUCAUUAGUUUGAUAUUGUUCACUUUGGCUGGAGUCAAAUCCCGCGCGGAUUCGUUUUUGGGUCACCCCAAAAUGCCUCAAACUAAUUAUGGGUCGAUAACACUUAUAUACCAAUCCAAUUUACCUCACUCAUCUAAAGUGGGAUGGAUUUGUAACUUUUUUUUUUCUGAAAGGAAAAUACACACUCCUCAUUCAAGUCAA